UGGGACUGUUGAAGACUUCGUCGAUCGAAGGUGUUUUUGAGACAUAUAUGGGAGAUGGGGAAAAGAAGAAGAACAGGAACGCAAUGUUGUGCCUUUGGCUGCAGGAAAAGAAAAAAGAACAAGGUGGAUCAGGAAAGAAGUGAUAGUGAAGGAAGUGAAGACGAGGAAUCGCAGAGGAAAAGAAAAUUUCCUCGUACUUUCCACUCAUUUCCAUAUGAUCCAGAAAGAAGGGAAAAGUGGGUUUCAAACAUGUACAGAGAAGACUGGUCACCAACUAUCUACUCGAAAAUAUGUUCUGAUCAUUUUGUAGAAAGAUUUUUAAAUCGCUCUGGACUGCUAAGAGUUGAAGUGAGAUGCAAUGCAGUUCCAACACGAUUCAAACAGUUGCCUAAAGCUAUAAGAAAGUUAUUAAAAGAACAAGAAUUAACUGUGGAAGUUGACACACUAGAAAGUAUUAGUGCAAAUACUAUCAAUAAUGGAAAAUGUUCAGAGGAAGUAACACAGGAAGCUGGAAAUCUUGAUGCUCAUCAUACUUUGUCUACCAGAAAUACUGCCACACAAACUUAUGGUAAUCAAACCCCUUAUAAUGACAACAAGUGCUCCAGUAAAGGAAAAAAAGUCAUAAAAGAAAUUGCUGACCAUCAGUAUUACAUUGCUGAUACUCCUAAGAAACUGAAAGCAAGACUUGAUAAAAGUACUGAUCACAUAAUCCUACUCAAGAAAAAACUGAAAAGUUCCCAACAAAAGACAAGACGGUUACAGAGUAGGGUGAAAUCACAAAAGACGCUAAUCAAGUGCCUUCGGGGAAACUACCAACAACUUGCCAAAAGCUACACAGCUAUGCAAAAUUACAUUUAUGCUUCAAGUUCUGCAGAUGGGAGCCAAGUUCAAAAGCAUGGAUAGAUUUUAAAUUUGACAUGUUGAUAUGCUCGUACAUUUUCAUAAUUAGAUAGAAAUUUAAGUUUUAUUAACAAAAUUCUAUAAGUACUAUCUGUGCAAACCUUCCUGUUUAUGCCAGUCUUUCCAAUUAUUAUUUUAUUUUAUUCAUGAUGUAUCAAUUUUAAAAUGCCAUUGUUUUAAAUAUAGACAACAAAAUCAGCAUCAUUAUA